AUGGCGUUGAUAAGUAAUAUUUACAUUCAAGAAUCGGCUACUCGUGGAAAAGUUGUUCUAGAUACAACUGUUGGUGAUAUUGAAAUUGAACUUUUCUCUAAAGAGUGUCCAUUAGCAUGUCGAAAUUUUGUUCAAUUAUGUAUGGAUGGUUAUUAUGAUGCUACAGUUUUUCAUCGAGUUGUACCCAAUUUUAUUGCACAAGGUGGUGAUCCAACUGGAACAAGUGAAGGAGGUGAAUCAGCAACUAGUGAAUUCUUUCAAAAAUUUUACGAUGAAUUUCAUACAUUUUUACGUUUUAAUCGUCGUGAUCUUGUUGGUAUGGUUAAUCAAGGACCACAUACCAAUGUGAAGGAGAAAAUUAUUGCUGAAACACCAGUACAUAAACAUAAAAUAAUUAAAGCAGAGAUUAUAUCAAAUCCAUUUGAUAAUAUGGUAGCUCGACCUCGAACUAAACCACAAAUUAUUGAUGAUGAUGAAACAAAUAAAAAAUCGAAAGAUAUUGUACAUGCUAAAGCAAUCAAAAAUUAUGGUCUUCUUUCAUUGGGAAAUGAAGCUGAAGAAGAGGAAGAAGAACUAACAAAAAUUUCAAUGAAAAAAGCACUUCAACUUGAUGUUGAUGAUGAUAAAAAAGAUAUUUCAUCAUCAACAAACUCAAAUGAGAAUGUUAAACUUGAAAUUGAACGAUUAAAAAAAGAAUUAAAACAAUCAAAAAAAUCAUCAGUAGCACCCACAACUAAAUCAUCAGAACAUGUCGUCCAAGCAGAAACAGAACCUGCAUCUUCAUCUAUUCAACCAAUUACAUCAAGUACUACUGCAUUAAUGGAUGAAUUGAUGGCAGAAAAAUUUCGUGUCAAACUUCAUACUGCUAAAGAUGAAUCAACUAAUGAACCUUUAAAUGAAACACAAUCAGAACAAAUAGCUACUCAAAUAAUGUUCAUGAUAUUUUAUACUAAUGCUGAAUUAUUAACUGUUCAUGAUCCAAGAAAUCUAAUGACAAAACGACGACGAGAUGAAAGUAUAGUUGAAAGUGAUGAUGAACAAGAAUUACUUUUCAGUAUACCAUUUAAUGGUGCUAUAAAAAUAACUGGUCUAUGUGUUAUUGGUGAAAAUGGUCCAUCACAUUCGAAUACAGAUAAGUUAUGGAGUAAUUUAACUGAAUUACGUUUUGAUAAUGCACGUGGAAAAGCUCAUCAAGAAAUUUCACUUACAUAUGAUCCAUCGGGUACAUUAGCUUAUCAAGAAGUAAAAUCUAAAGUAGUCAUUACAAUGUAUGAAGCUAGACCACAAUUAAAAGAUCACAAAAUAGAUGAUUUGUUAACAGGCAAUCGUGAAAUACAAUAA